GUUGUUUGUUCUCGGGCGUGUGUGCACAAUCUCGUCGAAGAUCUUCCCAUCCACCGCGCACCAUGGUCCGGGAAAUCGUCAGCAUCCAUGUCGGCCAGUGUGGGAAUCAAAUCGGGCGUGCUUUUUGGAAGGAAGCCCUCGCGGAGCAUGCGAGCGCCAAUCUCGACGGCGUGUUCGAUGACUGCAUGAGCACAUUCUUCCGCAAUGUUGACAACCGCACUAAUCGUAAUGUCGCUAUCGGUGAUGGCAGACAACCGAUUUAUGAUCUGAAGGCCCGAGCUAUCCUCAUUGACAUGGAGACCGGCCCAGUGUUUGAGACGAACAGGGGCGAAUUGGGAGAGUUGUUCGACAAGCGACAGUUUGUGACGGGUGUGUCUGGAGCUGGGAACAACUGGGCCCAUGGAAACGUAAUAUAUGGCCCUGAGUACAACGAUGAGCUGCUGGAGGCUGUGCGAAGGGCAGCGGAGACAUGUGAUUCACUGCAGUCCUUCUUCCUGAUGCAUUCCUUGGGAGGCGGAACCGGAUCAGGGCUAGGGACGUAUUUACUCACUUUGUUGGAAGACCACUUCCCGGACGUGUACCGUUUUUCGACUGUGGUGUUCCCGUCAGAGGACGACGAUGUCAUCACCAGCCCAUACAAUUCAGUUCUCGCGCUCAGUGAGCUUACGGAGCACGCUCACUGUGUGCUGCCGGUGGACAACGCUUCCUUGGCGAACAUCGUGGCGUCGUGGGACUCUGGCCCUGAUCUGCGACCCGUCGGAACGGGCACCUCCUCGGGUUUCGACAGUAUGAAUAGCUUGGUGGCCAGACUACUGACUGACCUGACCGCUUCGAUGCGGUUCGCCGGCGAUCUGAAUGUCGACUUGAACGAGAUUACCACAAACUUGGUACCGUUCCCGCGAUUACAUUAUUUGCUGUCGAGUGUCAGCCCCUUGCCCACUCGAAGCUCAGCAGAGGUAUUCGAUGGACGCACAAUCCCUCCUGCGGCUGCUGGCUUUGAUGGAAGGCCGCGGCGCAUGGCCCAAAUGUUUUCUGGGGCUUUUUCGGCCUCAAACAUGCUCAUGCGGGCUGACCCCAGGAAAUCCAAGUUUUUGGCUUGCGGCUUGCUGGUCAGAGGCGAGGUGGUUGUCUCCGAUGUUAACGCUAACAUUGAGCGCCUUGCUGCUGAGCUCGACAUGGUGCAUUGGAACCCGGAAGGAUACAAGAUUGGGUUAUGUUCGGUGCCACCCGUUGGAACAACGCAAUCGCUCCUGUGUCUUUCCAACAACUGCUGUAUUAUGGAUACCUUCGCCGACCUGAGACGCCGCUUCAUCCAGCUUUAUCACAGAGAAGCAAUGCUUCAUCACUACACAGAGUUUAUGGAGCGCGGAGGCUUCGACGAAGCAUUGGAGAGUCUGGAGAGUCUCAUCGCAGACUACGCUGAGCUAGACAAGGCUAGCGAGCCCAAUGAUUCAUGUUCCCGCGACACAAGAGUGGCCUUUUAGAUUUGGUGUGCUAGACAACAACGUAGAGAAAUAGUGUGUAGCGCUGUACACCAAAGUAGCUGUGGGCUACCAUCUACACGACCUGGACACUCUCAAAGCAACCUCGGUCCUCCUCGCGAUAUUGGCAUUUGAAUGUGGGCAUGCGUCAAGAUGCGGCGAUGAGGAAAGCCAACUGGGCGGUAUUGUGUCAUAUAUUGUUUAUUCCGAUUGACUUGAUCCC